AUGGAAUACACCACGGGUACAAUCUUGGGGUAUUCUACCAGCUCAACAGUUCUAACUAUAUUGGCCUCAUAUGUCGUUUAUCUCAUCGUUGGUGGUUUGAUUCACUCACAUCGUCUUCGCAUCAAAGCUAAGAAGCUCAAUUGUGAAGCCCCUCCUGCCUUGAAGAACAAUCUUCCUUUAGGUAUUGACCAGGUGACUCGUGCUCUUAACACUCUCGCAUCCAAGACUUUUCCUCCAGAUAGUGAACGGAAGUUUCAAGAAGUAAAUGCUCUCACGUAUGGAAAUUCGAUUCUUGGCAACGCUGGCUUCGCAACCAUCGACGAGAAUAACAUCAAAGCCAUGCUCGGGAUACAAUUUCCCGACUUCGACUUGGGUGCACAGAGAAUCGAUAACUUUCUGCCAUUCCUAGGUCCUGGUAUCUUCGCACAAGAUGGGAAAGAUUGGGAACGAUCGAGAGCACUCAUGAGACCACAAUUCGCGCGGGACAAUCUAAGUGAUUUGGAGAUGGAGGAGAGGCAUAUGCAGGUUUUAUUGAAGGCUUUGCCUGAAACGACACAAGAUGGUUGGUUGGGCGAAGUGGAUAUUCAGCCAUUACUCUUUCGAUUCACAUUAGAUACAGCAACGGAGUUUCUGUUGGGUCAGAGCGUCGAGAGCCAGCUUGCGGGGAUCAAGACUGCUUCUGGUAUGAAGAGCGAAGAGACAGAUGUAGAGGCUUUUGCGAGGGAGUUCGAUGUUGGCACUAGGGCCAUGGCGAAGAGAUCGAGAUUUGCUCCGUAUAGUUGGUUGAUAUGGCCACGCGGAUUCAGGAAGGCUAUCUCAACUUGCCAUCGAGUCAUUGAUGGAAUAGUUGCCGAACAUCUAGAAAAAGUCAAGCCUGCAGGAGAAACCAAGAAGUACGUCUUUUUCGAAGCCUUGGCAGAACAAACACGGGAUCCGAUAGAGCUACGCGUACAGGUAUUGAACAUUCUGCUCGCGGGCCGCGAUACAACUUCAUCCCUUCUCGGCUUUGCCAUUCUCACACUCGCCCGAGAUCCCAUCCGAUACCAGAAAUUGCGGGAAAUCAUCCUAAGCGAGUUUGGAACAUUCAAUGAUCCAAAGAAUAUCACGUUCGCGCACAUCAAGAAUUGUAAAUAUCUUCAGUGGGUGUUGAAUGAAACUCUGAGAUUGUAUCCGCUAGUGCCAUGGAACUUUAGAGUGGCGAAUAAAGAUACGACGUUACCGCGUGGUGGGGGCAAAGAUGGAAAGAGCAAGGUUUUCGUGAAAAAGGGUUCUAUGGUUGAAUAUAGUGUGUAUGCGUUGCAUAGGCGAGUGGAUAUUUGGGGCAAGGAUGCAAAUGAGUUUAAGCCGGAGAGAUGGGAUGGUAGAAAGGGAGGCUGGGAAUACUUGCCGUUUAAUGGGGGUGCCCGUAUCUGUAUCGGACAACAAUAUGCACUUACGGAGGCCAGCUUCUUCAUAAUCAGAUUAUUGCAGAAGUUUGAUGCAAUGGAGAGUGUGGAUACGGAGGAUGUCACGUUCAAUUUGACGUUGACUAUGUGUAGUGGGAAUGGGGUUAAGAUUAAGUUGCAUGAGGCGGAGGCGGAAGCAGAGGCGUAG